AUGAGUAGGAGAGCUAAGAAAAUUACACUGGAGUUGGUUCAACUUCAAAAUGAAAGCAACAGGCCUGAUGUAAUCUCCUUUGAUCAUCCAGUUCAAAGUGAGGCUAUACCUAGUAACUAUGGUGAGUUGACUAAACUUCAAACUGAAGGAGAAGUAAUCUCCUUUGAUCGUCGAGUUCAAAGUGAGGCUAUAUAUAGUAACAAUGGUGAGGAGCUGCACUCCAGAAAAUUGAAAGAGGAAGAGGUCAUGGCAGCUGUGAGAGAUGAAGGGGUCACUAUGAUUGGGAUAUGUGGUCUGGGUGGUGUUGGUAAAACAACACUCGCUGAGAAAAUCAGACAAAAGGCGAAACAACAAGGGUUGUUCAAAGAUGUUGUCAUGGUAACUGUCAGUCAACAACCUGACUUGAAAAAACUUCAGGGUCAGAUCUCAGAAGGACUUGGGCUGAAAUUAGAAGGGGAUAAUUUGUUGAUUCGUGGAGAUCGGCUGCAUACAAGGCUAAUGCUUCAGAACAGCCACAACCUUAUAAUCUUGGAUGAUGUUUGGGAGGCUCUUGAUGAUCUAGACAAGCUUGGAAUUCCCAGCGGUAACAGCCACAACCAUCGGUGCAAAGUGAUAUUGACGACACGAUUCCGAAAUGUUUGUGUAGAAAUGGAAGCUCAGACGAUCAUUGAAGUAGAAACAUUAUCUGAAGAGGAAGCAUGGAGCCUUUUCAAAGAGAAAGUCGGUGAUUUUGGCAACGAUCCUUCUAUGAUUGACAUAGCAAAAGAAGUUGCCAAAGAAUUCAGGGGGCUGCCGCUUGCAAUUAUUAUACUUGCAGGAGCACUAAAGAGUAAAACCAAGCCUUCGUGGGAGGAUGCCCUUAUACAAUUACGUGAUGCAGAACCAAAAAAUAUCCCUGGAGUGAGCAGUAAGGUGUAUAAAUCUCUGAGGCUAAGCUAUGACCACUUGAGCGAGAAUGAGGCAAAGUAUCUCUUUUUGUUUUGUUCUUUGUUCGAGGAAGAUAGUGAUAUUCGGACUGGAGAAUUGCUUACAUUUGGAAUGGGGCUUGGCAUCUUUUCGAGUAUUAAAAAUAUACAAGGAGCAAGAAAUAGGGUGUGUCUUCUAUUAGAAAUAUUGAAAGAUGGUUUCUUGUUAUUCCAAGGUUCAGAAAAAAAUCAUGUGAAAAUGCAUGAUGUGGUCCGUGAUGUGGCUAUAAGUAUUGCGUCUGAAGGAGAGCAUAACUUUAUGGUAAGUCACGAUGUUAACUCAGAAGAGCUCCCACGUAGAACUUGUUAUGAGCAUUUCAGUCACAUGUCAAUUAUUGCAAAUAAAUUUGAUGAGCUUCCUAGACCAAUAUUUUGCCCAAAACUGAAGCUUUUAAUAUUGAAACUCCGUUUUGAAGAUCCAUUCAAACUACAGGACGAUUUUUUUGAUGAAAUGAGUAACCUCAAUGUAUUGAGUCUGAGGGGACACAGUUUUAGGGAGUCAAUUCUGCGUUUUCCAGCAUCCAUUAGGAGGUUGUCAAGUCUGAGGACACUGUGUCUGAGUAAUUUAAGGUUAGAUGACAUAUCCUUUAUUGGGGAACUUGUCGAAUUAAAAAUUCUCAGCAUAAGAGAUUGUGAUGACACAUUUAUUGAAGACAACACAUGA